AUGGGGAUGGUUAAGAUGAUGCGAGGGUGCGCGAUGGUGACGGCGAUGACGGCCAUGGCGGCGAUCAUGGCAGCCCUGUACUUUGGGUUCAUCAUGAACCCUAGGAAUGAGCAUAGAUCUGCCUUGGCGAUGUCUUCUGCCAUGUUGAGAACUAGAGCAAAGCUCACCAUUGCCAAACAAAACCUUCCCAAAAUGCUUCGCUCUACCUUGCAUGCGUUCACACCAGGUCGCAGAUCGCUUCCUCAUGCCGGCAAUGGAUCCUUGUCGACAUCUGGUAGUUCGUCUUCGGUUCUUGGUCUCUUUUCCUGCGAUUGCGGAUGUUGUGAAGAGGGUAUUUUCUUCGGUUGCACUACAUGCUGUCCAUGCACCCCAGACACAGGGCCAUGCUCGACAAGGCGAACUGGUCGAUGCGGCUGUUGUGAUGAUGGAUACUUGUACGGAUGCUCUGGAACAUGCGGAGGAGCAGGGUCAGGGCCUUGCAGCGAUCGAUCAACGUAUGAGUGUGGAUGCUGCUCCUCUGGAAUAUUCUACGGCUGCCUGGGAUCUUGUGGGGACUCAACAGGCACGGGCCCAUGCAGUCAAAGAGACUCGGGAACAUGCGGCUGCUGCGAUCAAGGAUUCUUCUGGGGAUGCAGGGGUACGUGUGGAGGAUCGACCUUCUCGUCCUCUGAGUUCGACACUCUGGUGGAGACGGCAGAAAGUCUUCUGGUGGACAUGAGUCUUGGCUUCGUGUUGAAGCCCAAGACUCUAGCGCAGAUCGACAUCAUCAAGAUCUCCUACUCCUUGACCGCCGACGUCGCCGCUGACUCCAGCUUCUCUGACUCUCUCAAGCUCGAUAUCCUCAGGACAGCAUCUGGCUUCAUUCCGCCUCCUUAUGGGGUUGUUAUAAGGUUGGGAUGGGGGGCGUAUGACUUUGUCACCACCUACCAGGACACGGGAGACGUGUGGCAAGCUUCCUUUGCUGCAGUCACGAACAAUGUCGAAGCCGACGAUCUGAAGUUGGUUGGAAGUGCUCUCGCAAGAACGGCAAGGUCGUCUGGACUUUUAAAGGGCGCGGUCCAAUCAGCGACAAGACGACAGCACCGGGAGGGCAAGCACAAGCAUUCCAAGUUGAGAACAACGUCAGAACCGUUUCUAGUCAAGGUCUCCUUCUUUGUCAAUGUCACUGAUCAAGCUCAUUUUGAUCAAAUCUUGAAUGAUAUCGGCCAAGAGAAGAUGUUCUCAGAGAGUGGUCUAAACCCGGUGACCUAUGGAUUCUGGGAUGACACGAGCACGUUGACUGUGGGAUGUAUGUUCAUCAAGUGUAUCCCCCAGGUUAUCGUCCAGCCUUCAUCUGAGCUGUGGGUCAACGUCAGCUUCACCUACGCAGCAGCAUCGACGAGUCUGACGUCAACGGCAAGAGAUAUCAUCCGAACUGUUCUUGCAAACGUUGCUGGACCCCCUGCAACGCAGAGUGACGUUAUCAUCAACAGUGAGAGCAGCGAUUCGUCUUCCUCAACUUUGAUCAAGGCUGCGAUCAGCACCAAGAGCAAGUUGUACGCAUCCAAAGCUUCGCAGAAUCUGAUUGCCUCCUCCCUUAACACCGAGGCCGUCAAGGCGGGGCUAGGAACUGAUCUGUUCUCAUCGGUCAGUGCGACAUCUUAUUUUUCCAGCUAUACGAUUGCGCCUCUCAGCUUUCCUUCCGAUGAUAACUCAACCAACUCCUCGGAAAUGCUCAACGCGACCAACACGUCAGAAACAGGAACAUCACAGAAAAUCUCUGCCGACGACAACACAAGAAAGAUCUCUCAGGAAGCCAACAAAACCAACUUCACGACAACUUCAUCGUUCAGCUCUACUACAACAACCCCCGUGCAAGUUAAAGUGACCUCGCCUUCAACUACCCCGGUAAUGACCACACCCGAGCCACCAGGCAUGGACAAGUGGAAGUGCAAGGAAGGAUACAGUCCAUUUGCUCUCAGACCCGAUAAUCUCACUUGUAUCCCAGAUCCUGUCUAUCCCCUCAGAAAUCACUACUCGAACUGCACCAUGACACACAGCUGGAAAGAGCUCGUUGAGAUUCUUGCUCACCAGAAGCAAGUUCGGUUCAUGACCGGCGGGCUGGGUCAGUUGAUGAUCCCAAACUCGAUUGAAGUCUGGGUAUGCCAGAAGAACCAUACGUGCACGAUGGGCAAAGAUGGAGACUUCUUCUGUUUCACUUUUGACGAGAAUCGAAAGAUCUUUUACCCUUGGGGGUUGAUGUCGGACCUGAAGUUGAAACACACGUCCAUCUUCAGUUCUCGCCGCUGA